CGACGUCCUCUCCAGCCUAAGCUGCUCUUGCGCUCGUCGUCGAGCGCGUCGUCGCCUCCGCCAUCUGCUCGUCACCGUUCCUUGCGGCGGCGCCCUGACCCACUUUGCCUGAGGCAUCCCGAUCUCGGCACUGCGACGCACAUCCACAUUUAGAUACACCCACUUAAGCCUACGACACGACGCAUACGCAUACGCACACGACUGGAUAUCGCCACGCCGUGUAACGCGGCGCAUAGACUCUCAGGCGUAAUCUAGGCCACCGCGACCGGUCAUUCGACGCAGACACCAUGGCCGAGCUCGCCAACAGCCUUUCUGCCGAGCAACUCCCGGAGAUGGACCAGAACAGCGUCUGCCCGGGCUGCAAAAAGUCGGUCUUGGACGAGAGCGGGGGCGUCGUCGUCGCUUUCGGCCAGUCAUUCUUUCACGUAGACUGCUUCCGAUGCGCGAAAUGCGGCGAACAGGUCACGGCCGAUACGAACCUGCUCCUGCUCUCGGACGGCUCCCCGAUAUGUUCCAACUGCUCCUACGGCUGCGCCGUCUGCGGCCUGCCGAUCCUCGACGAAGCGAUCAUGACCGGCGACGACUCGUACCACGCCCACUGCUUCAAGUGCAAGGUCUGCCAGAAGCGCAUCGAUGAGCUCGUCUUUGCCAAGACCCGCCAGGGCAUCUACUGCAUGGACUGUCACAACGCGCGCGUCGCUCGCUCCCGCCGCCACGCCCAGCGACAGAAGGAGAAGCAGCGCGCCGCUGUUGCCGCCGCGAACGGGCAGGGGCCAGAAUCGCCUGCACCGCGAGAGAACGGGGCUGGAUCCCCCGCACACGAUGCCGCGUCCUUAUCGUCCGAUCCGUCGAAGUACUCGUCGAAGCCGCCCUCGCGCGACGGCGUGCCACCGCCGUUCGGCGCGCCGGGCCCGGCGACUAGGCGGCGGUCGCAGCUGGGGCCGGGCCCGACGGAUCAAUCGCCGCAUCCGCCACAUCGAUCUCAGAGCACCCCUCAGACGCGUCCUCGGGAGCUGCCGACGCCACCGCCUCUCCAUCCUGUGCCCAGCACCAGCUCCGCGCCCACCGUCCAAGGCGGUAGCCCGUACAUCAGCGUGCCCGACGACAACCACAACAACACCCUCCCGAUGCCCAGCUACGCUGACGCGCAGGACACGUCCGCCUUGCACGUCGGCGCAUCCAACGGUGACAAGAGAAAGAGCUUUGACGACGGCGUCCGACCUUUGAACGUGCUCUUCGGUGGGGGCAACAAGCACCCACCAAGGGCUGAGUCACCCGACGUUCUAAAGAAUACCACGAACGGCAUCGCCGGUAUGUCUGCCCUGCAGGUGCCCGACAAGCCGACCUCACGCCGCGAUAAACGCAACUCGAUCAACCCCGGCCUCUCCCUCGCCAACAUGAUGGCUAACUCUAUUGCGCCUGUCGGCACUCGAUCGCCACCGACAUACUCCUCCCCGCUCGCCUCACCGCCACUCGUACCAUCCCGCUCGAACACGCCACCCGUCACCACACGAAUCCCCUCCCCGCUCCGAGAUCGCUUCCCGGAUGGACUCUCGCCUCCCAUCAAAGACUACUCCUCCCAGCCCAACACCCCCGCCGGCUUCGACCAGUCUCCCUAUUCCCGCUCACGCGCCGGCUCGUCCGGUGCGAUCCCCGAUCUCACCCCUCAAAGGCCGCCCUUGCGGACCAACAACACGCUCGAGCGCGUCCCUCCCCGCAACGCGAGCCUCGCUGGAAGCGGGGUCCGGCGUGAGCCCCCACGGCCUAUCGCCGUUCACCGCAUCUCGAGCGAGGGCUACGCGUCCUCCAACGGGCGCCUCUCGCCCGCGCUGCCCGGCCCGAUCCGCGCCCAACGCUCGUUCGACGAGCGCUCGCGCGGGAGCAUCGACGGCCGACUCUCGCCCAACGGCAGCCUCACCUUCGACCUCGACCGCUCGCGCCCCGCGAGCCAGCUUUCGCAUCGCUCCGCCUCCUCGCGCGCUUCGAACCGUUCUGCGCCGAAAGACCUGCCCCGCGGCGUCGAGAGCGGCACCGACACCGACAACGAACACGACGAUGGGGACGACGACGACGUGCCUCCGGCUCCGCCGCCGAAGAGCGCGCCCCGCACCGACGCCCUCACGCUCGACACGUCCGCCCUCAGCCUCGAUCUCGACCUCGACGCGUCCCUCGCGGGCGACAGCAGCGGCCUGCUCAGCGGUGGCGACCAGAGCCAGACGUCCUCCGCCGGUUCGUCCUCGCCCGUCGAGCGCACGUCGCACGCGACGUACAUCGCGCCCGCGCUCCCGCCGAUCCGCUUCUCCAUGUCCGGCACCGACUUCUCCGAGUGGGCGAAGAACGUCGGGAGCAGCGGCGGCAAGCUCGCGGAGCAGCUCGGCCGGCUCACGGAAGAGGAGUCGAUCGCUCCCGACGGGGCGCCGGUCAACGGCGGCGGGGGGCACAAGCCUCAGGGUUCGGUGAGCUCGUUGGCCUCGAUGAUUGGCGGGGCGAUCUCCUUGCCGGAGGUAGACAAGACGCCGACGAAGCGCACGCACGCGACGCGCACGGCCGCUGCGCCCAGCGCCGCCCGCAGCCGGUCUUCGUCCGAAGCGCAUGUGGGCUCCGAGCCCGCCGCAGCUAUCGCGCCGUCAGGUCUUGGGCGUGCGGCGUCGCUCAGCGCGCGCAUCACCGUCACUGCGCCCGAGCCGCAAUCAGAAGACGAAGCGCCCGACCCGACGGAUGUGGUGACGCGGAGGUUGAAGGAGAUCGUCGCGGACGCGCGGGAGAAGGGACUGCCGAACGCGCGGAUCGAGGUACCGUUCCUGCAGGCGUUACUCGAUGCGCUUGUGCAGCGCGAAACAGAGUAUGCGUCGCUGAAGAGUAGGGUGGAGGGCAUGAAGCGCGCGAGCAAGCAAUACGUCGACGGCUUGACCGUCGCUCAAGCCGAGUACGACAAGGAGCUCAAAGCACGGCGUGACGCGGAGGCUGAGGUCAGCCGCCUGCGCGUUCUGCUUUCCGGCCAGGCAGCGCGUAUUUCCGCGAUGCAGGGCGCGGUAAAGAAGCAGGAGGUGCAGCAGGAGCUGUCGGAGCAGCUUACGACGAGCAUAAGUGGCCUGGCGCAGGAUCUCUCGAAGCUUAGGGUGGAGCGGGACAUGACACUGGCGGAGGUGGAGGAACUCUCCGCGUCGAAAUCAACGGUAUUCGCUGGCGAUGCUCAAGCUCCGACCGGAACGCAGGCUACGCGGUCGUUGUCUAUGCGCCUCGACAAGAUCAAAGGGCAAUACCAACGCGACCUUGUCACAUUGACUGAGCAGAAAGAGACGCUCGCUCGUGAGAUCGCCGAGCUGAAGGCCUCUCGGGAGUUGUAUCUGGAAGAGACGAGUGCGCUGAACGCCCGCAAUGAGGAACUUGCCAAGUUGAGCGCCCAGUACGUUCGACGGGUCGAGGAGGCGGCGGCGAGUCUCGAGCCGGAGGAAGCCGCUGGCGGGCGCACCUCUGGCGCCUCCUUUGACAAGCCUCGGGAUGUCGCAAACUCGGCGAUGUCGCACUCCGCAACGUCGUUGACGGCGAGCAGCACCGCGUGGUCGGAGGAGACCACGGACACUAGAUUCAUCAAGGUGUCGAGACCGGACGCGCCUGAUACGACGCCCCAAAUCAAGAAGAUAUUCAAAUGGCCCGGACCGAGGGCAGCCAAGGAGCAGGCGGUCGUGCAACCAUCUCAAAGCGAUAACAGUAAAAGCUCCCAAGGGCCUAAGCAUGCUUUCCAGCAGAUCAAUGUGCUACGCUUCGCUUUCGCGCGCUGCGACCAUUGCGGGGAUAAGAUGUUCGGAACGCAGUUCCGCUGCACCAACUGCCACUUCAGCGCACACACUCGUUGCAUAAAUGCCGUCCACGGCGCGUGUCCCAAUAACAGAGGCACGAUACCCGAAGAACCGGCCACUCCACUUGCGCCUCCUCCUCCCUCCAUGUUCGGGCGCGACCUCAUUGAGCAGGUGAGGGACGAUGCUGCCCGCAGCGGGACAGAUCGGCUUGUGCCUUUCAUUGUGGAGAAGUGUAUCGACGCGGUGGAACACCUAGGGAUGGACUGGGAAGGAAUUUACCGCAAAACAGGAGGCUCCGGCCAGCAGAAAAUGCUCACGCAGCUGUUCGAGCGCGGAGAUUACCAGGCUUUCGAUCUCCUAGACACGGACCGCUUCAACGAUAUCGCCAGCGUGACCUCCGUGCUUAAAACAUACUUCCGCUCGUUGCCAAAUCCACUGAUGUCAUACGACCUCCACGACGAGUUCAUGCAAGUCGCCACUAUCAAAGAGCAGGAGGCCAAGGUGUCUGCCACCGCGGAUGUCGUCGACCGCUUACCCGACGAGCACUACCACACGCUCCGGAUGCUGAUACUUCACCUGCAUCGCGUGCGUCUGCAAAGCGACGUUAAUCUGAUGGGCAGUCGCAACCUCGGCGUUGUCUUUGGACCAACACUCAUGCGAUCGCGCGAUCCAAGCCAGGAGUUCAGCGACAUGGCAGGAAAAGCCCAAACCGUCGAAUGCUUGGUGGAGUAUGCUCCAAUCAUUUUCGGUGACGGAACCUCGGAAUGAGGUUCCUUUACUAUCAUUAUUCCCUCCUUUCUCUUCUUUCUGCUCGGGUUGCUGUUCGCCGUCUGUAUUCCAUUCUACCGAAUAUGUAUUACUUGCUCUUCACAAACCGUCACAUCUUACACCACUAUCUCUACUCUGGAUCUUU